UAUCGAGAGUCGAGCCGCCGGCCCUACUUAGGACCUGCUCUCCAGCAGGGCUGGAAGGGGCGUCUUUGGAAGCUGGGACACUGGAGAGAAACGGGGGGGGGGCGAGACCCCCGCACAGUUUAUGGCCACCUGCGAAUCUCCCUGAGCCCGCGCGUGAGAUCGGGGCUUCCGUGGACCGCGUCCUCCGGAUCCCAACGAGCCUUUUUCCCGCUGGAGGGCGAGACAGUUUGGCCGCGGCGGAGUGAAACCGGUCCGGCGGGUUUCUCUUCCUGCAGGGGGUGGAGGCGAGUCCGCGUCCCCAGGGCCCAGGCGCUCCUCGUCAAUGGCCGGAGGGGAGGCUGGCACUAGUUGUGGCGGCCGCUUCAAGAAAGGCCCGUGCACAGUAGAUUCCCACGACCCUGAGCCAAAAUGCAACUUCCAGUGUUGUCCCAAAGGACUAGAACUGAAGAAGCUUCUUGGAUAAGAGGCGAAACGUUUUCAAAGAAAAAAAAGUCCAGUGUUGCCUUUUGAAAAGCCCCUUUGAGACAGCCUUGCCCAGGAUGAAUGAGGAUCUCCAGAGGCUGAAUGCUGAGUGUUGGAGUUGGGUUGCUUUAGGAACCCGACCAAAGGGGCGCAACGAGGACACGAAACGUGUCCUGCGAAGGCGUCCUACGGGAAGGCCGGGCCGCCGCCGUCCCGGCGUGGCUCUCUGGAGAGCUACUUCAAGGUGUCGCUUCGCUCCGCAUUAACCGUCGUGUGAACCAGCCAGAAUAACUGUACACGUGUUUUACACGUGGCGCGUAGUGCGAACUGUUUAUUCUUCCAUCAAGGAGUUUGUGCUCAACGUGAGGACCUCAGUCCCCUCCUGCUGUCCUCGUCGCUGCCCAGAGCCUUUUGCGAGCGGCGGGGCCGGUGUGCCAGAUCCAAGUGCCUCUGAGCAUGUCCAGAGCGCUCGCUCCUCGGCGGGGGUACUGGUGGUGUUCAGGCCGGGCGAGGUGGGGCGAGGAAGUUGAGGCGGCGCGCCGGGAGGCCGGUGCCGUCCGGGAGCCGGAUCUGGGGCGGAGGCCGGCCGGGGAGAGUCCGGUUCCUCCCCGCGGCCAGCAGGCAAGGGUGGCGCGCAGGCCAGGAAGCGCGGCGUGGCAGGGCUGCCAUGGGCAAGGCCGACCAGCAGCCCCCGACCGGCCCCCGACGAGAGCCCCCGCGGCGCCGUUUCCCGCUGCUGCUGGUGGUGGUGGUGGCGGAGACUCUGGCCGGCGGCUCCGCAGCGGCAGAAUCGGGGCGGCCGCCGCCGCCGCUGCUCUUGGUGGCUACACUGGACGGGCGCCUCCGCGCAGUGAGCCCGGCCACGGGGGACGCCCGGUGGUCGCUGAAGGAGGAUCCGCCUCUGCUGGUGCCCCGCCAAGAGCCCGAGCCCUCGUUUCUCCCUGACCCCAGCGAUGGAAGCUUGUAUGUGGUGGGGGGCAAGGACAAAGGGGGGCUGAUGAAGCUGCCUUUCACCAUCCCGGAGCUGGUGCAGUCUUCUCCGUGCCGCAGCUCUGAUGGCAUGAUCUACACAGGGAAAAAGGAGGACACCUGGUUUCUUGUGGAUCCGGCAUCAGGGGAGAAGCAGAGCGCGUUGUUGCCAGAGGCCUGGGAUGGGCUGCACCCCACAAGCCCCUUGCUGUUCAUCGGACGCAGCGAGUAUGUUAUCACCAUGUAUGACACCAAGACCCGGGAACUGCAGUGGAAUGCCACCUACCUGGACUACUCUGCUCCUGUCCAUGAGCAGGACUCUGACUAUAACAUGGCCCAUUUUGCCUCAAGCGGAGAUGGUUGGUUGGUGACCGUGGGCAAGGAGAGCGGAGAGCUGCUCUGGGUCCAGGACUAUGGAUCACCCGUGGUGGGUGUCUACAGCUGGCACCAGGACAGCCUGCGCCGGGCACCCCACCUCAGCAUAGCCAUGGAGAGCCUGCGCUACCUUAUCCUGCACGCUCAGAAGAUCCCCCUCCUCAACUGGACCUUCCGGACUGGCAAGGACUUUGUGGCCAAGGCCCCUCUGCUCACAACCCUGUACGUGGGUAAAUAUGCUGGGGGUUUCUACGCGUUGACAUCCCUGGUGCAUGAAGGCCUGGCCCUGGUGCCUCAAGGGGUGGCUCUGGCCCAGGGCAGUGGUCCCAUCACACGGGAAGUGACGCUUCAAAGGUCUGGGGAGUGCAAGAUCACACCUAGCACGGGCAUCCAGUACCCGCCGGGGACCGUCUUCCUCCCCCACAGCCAGUGGCUGCUGAUAGGCCAUCAUGAGAUUCCCCCACUAGUCCACACCACCAUGCUGAGGGCCCCUCCUGGCAGCCUGGGGAGGAAUCCGGAGGUUGUUGCACCACACAACUCCCGUGCUCACAGCCUCUUUGGAGAGUUCCUGGCCCCUGAGGGCCCACAGGAGGAUCCGGCUGAUGGUCGGCCCUGGGGGGAUCAUGCCGGGAAGGAGCCCCCAGUGGAAGUGGAUCCCUCGUAUGGCAGCUGGGAGCUCCUUGUGGUUGGUGUGGCUUCCGUCUGUUGGGGCGGGGGGCUCCUCUGCCUCCUGCUCUGGAGGGUCCCUCUUGAGCGCAGCUCCAGCCAGCAGCCUCCUGCGUCCUCCUGCCAUUUCCCAAGAAGGACUCCUGAAGGGUCCCUGGAUCUGGACCAGGGAGCAGAGCUGCCCCCCUCCUCAGCCACGGUGGAUGAAGCCUCCUUCCAGAGCCCUGGUCCAGGUGUUGCCCCAGAAACGGUUACUGUGGGGAAGCUCUCCUUCAGACCGCAGGAGGUGCUGGGCCGGGGGGCCGGGGGCACCUUCGUGUUCCGAGGCCGCUUCGAUGGGCGCGAUGUGGCUGUGAAGCGUUUGCUUCCGGAAAGCGUCCGCUUGGUAGACCGUGAGGUGCGGCUGCUGCGAGAGUCGGACGUGCAUCCCAAUGUGGUGCGCUAUUUCUGCACUGAGGCCGACAGGCAGUUCCACUACAUCGUCCUGGAGCUGUGCUCUGCUACCCUGCAGCAGUAUGUGGAGAGCUCCGUCUUCCCUGGAAAGGGCGUGGAUCCACUCUCCCUGCUGACCCAGACCAUGUCCGGACUGGCCCAUCUGCACUCCCUCAACAUAGCGCAUCGUGACCUGAAGCCCUGCAACAUCCUGAUCUCGGCCCCCGACGGGCAAGGGCGGCUCCGAGUGGUCAUCUCCGAUUUUGGCCUGUGCAAGAAGCUGCAGGGGGGGCAUCAGAGCUUCAGUCUCGGCUCGGGCAUCCCUGGCACCGAGGGGUGGAUCGCGCCUGAGAUGCUCAGGGAGGAAGCAGGGAAGAGCCCAACCUGCAGGGUGGACAUCUUCUCUGCCGGCUGCGUCUUCUACUACGUCCUGUCCCAUGGGCAGCAUCCCUUUGGGCACAGCUUCCAUCGCCAGGCCAACAUUCUGGCGGGCACCUAUCAACUGCUGAGGCUCCAGCAGGACACUCACAGCCACCUAGUAGGGCGGGACCUGAUAGAAGCCAUGAUCAGCAGUGACCCCCACCUGCGCCCCUCGGCUGCACAGGUGCUCUGCCACCCCUUCUUCUGGGCCCCCGAGAAGCAGCUGCAGUUCUUCCAGGAUGUCAGUGACCGCCUUGAAAAGGAGCCGGCAGACGGGCCCCUGGUCAGCACUCUGGAGGCCGGGAGCCUGGCGGUGGUGCGAGGGAACUGGCAGCUGCAUCUUUCAGCCCCAUUACAGGCAGAUCUCAAGAAGUUCCGGAGAUACCAGGGCAAUUCAGUCCGUGACCUGUUGCGAGCCAUGAGGAACAAGAAGCAUCACUACUAUGAACUGCCCGGCAAUGUCCAGGAGGCCCUUGGCAGCCUUCCCCAUGGAUUUGUCCAGUACUUCCUGGACCGCUUUCCCUGCCUGCUGCUGCACACUCACCAGGCGAUGGGCCUCUGCGCUGCCGAGAGGCUCUUCCAGAGAUACUACUGCCAGGAGGAGUGAGGAGCUUUCCACGAGGACGGGGCAUUUGUUGGCCCCUGCCUUCUGACUGUUUGGCACAUGCCAGCCUGCCCUGCUCUGGAGGGGCCAAUUCAGCACAGGGCAUCCGAGCCCCAACGGCCACCUGGCCCGUGACCUGUUGCGAGCCAUGUGCGGGGCCAGAAGCUAAUACAUGGGGCUUCCAGGAGGCCUCAGGCAGAGGGGAGCCCUUCCCGAGAGGAUCUGCAGCCUUCCCUUGAAUUCUCACCUGGAGAGUAGGCGAGCAUCACCUGUCGCAGGCAGAAACACAGCCUGCCUUGCGUAACCAUCCACAUUUUGUUGAGUGGGCCCAGGUCCUGCUGUGGACAUUCCAGAGGGGAUUCUCUUCCUCUAAAGGCAGCCAGAGGUGCUCAGGCUGGGCUCUGCCCUCCCCCUUAGCCCACCCACCCCCAUGGCAUUUUAUUCCCAGGCCCAUCAUGCAUGUGGAAGCAGGGACCAUCUCCUGUUGCCUCAGAAACCUGCUGGAGUGGGGGCUUAGUAGCAGAAAGCUGUAAAUUGGUGUUUGUUUUUUAAAAAAAAAAAACGGCCACAGAUAGGAAGCAAGCAGGGCACCUCUGGUCUGCAGCUGGAUGGCCAUCAGGAAGGAUCCUGGCUGCUUAGCAGCAGGAGGGACGGCAGGGCAGGGGCUCCCCUUGAGCCAAGGCUGCACUGAGAAGGCAAUUUGGGGAUCAGACUCAAGAACGUGAAAUGUUGUGGCUACCUUUUAAUUCAUUGCACUUACACAGAAGUCCAAGUGUGGACUUGUUUCAGCCAUAAUUUGAUGUACAAGACAGAAUUAGAUCAGAUCUGAACAUCAA